UUGGGUUCCUAUUAUCUCUACCUAGGUCUAACUUAAUUCUUAUUAAAUAUAUAUCAUAUCCUAAAAUUAAAGAACAAAAUAACUAAUCUAUUUUUUAAAAAAUGAAUUCAGUUUAUAUUAACCAUGUUGUCAAACAAAAGAAAAAUAAAAAAUCAAUUGAGGUAAUUUAGAAACAUGAAGGAUAAUCAUUUAUUUAUGAUAGAUAAAAGACAAGUUGAACCAUGUUGUCAACAAAAAAAAGACCAGUUGAACCCAAUCAGUUUCUUCUCUGCGUUAUUAACCCCAACUUGCAGCACGCUGCACGUCUUUUCCACAGUUUCGACGAAACGGUGAACUUUUCUUCCCCGCGUUAUUGUCCCCAACUUCCAGCACGAUCCACCUCUUUUUCACAGUUUCAAGCGUCGCUGGCUAUUGAUUAUAUAUAUAUGUGUGUUGUGCUAAGUUUAUAACUGCAACAAUCCAAGUGUCUUGAACAAGAUUCUCUUAUCCAAGUUCAGAUUUAGCUUCAGUACCAAGUCAAUGGGGGCUGUUGGAAUAGUCUCUCAACUACUGUUGAAAUACUCAAGCUCCGAUAAGGAUGAAACCAACGAACAAGCCCUGUGUUUGUACACAUCCGCUUGUGAAGAAGAUCCAGAGCUCAAAUCAUUUGGUUCUUCGCUUGAGCAACAAUUUAGCAAACUGAAGAGCUCGCUCGCUAUUACAGGAGGCAAGACUGAACCCCUAAAGUCAGUCAAGUCGGUGUGCGGGUUUCUAGUUGAAAUGAACCAAAAUUUGGCCAAGGAAAUUACCGACAACAAAGAUGUACUGAAGGACGAAGAACUAAGGUCUUUGGUUGAUCUCUAUUAUGAGAGUUCCACCAAGACUUUGGAUCUAUUUAAUACGGUGGGGAAUUGCGCCAAUAAAGCAAAAUUAAGCAUUGUGAUCACCCGAACCGCGAUCCAACAGUUUGAAAAGGAGUCGAAGGACGCAGAAGAUAGUGGAGGAAACAAGAAGAAGUACGAGGAUACGUUGGAGGAGCUGAACAAGGUUAAAGCAAUGGGAGAUCCUUUUGGUGACGAGUAUAAGAAUCAGAUGAAGUCUGUACAUGAUGAGCAGAUUAUUCUUUUAGAGAAGGUCCAUGAGCUGGCGUUGAAGCUUGAUAGUAAAAAGAAGAUAUUAAAGAGAAGGAGGAGACUGGUGACUAUUGUUUACGCAACUGCGGCUAUGUCUUUUGUGGCCGUACAGAUUUGUCUAUGCGUAGUCAUACCUCCGUUGGGGCCGUAUGUUGCGCUCGCGGCUGGGAUUGGGUUGAGCUACGUGAUUGGAACUGUAGGAGUAAUGGUCCAUGCGGUGUUGAAGAACCGUGAGAAGGAUUUGGAUAGACAGAAAGAGGUGGUCAAUAAAGUGGAGGACAUCACGAAAGUCAACAUCCAAGGGACAAAUACGAUAAACAGCCUAGUGGACAAGCUUAUUAACAGUCUCUCAUUGAUUUUGUUGUCAGUGGAGGGUGCUGUGGUGAAAAGAGAAGAGGAGGCCGUAAAACUUAGGAUGGAAGCGAUCCGUGACGAAGUGGAUACGUUUGCUACGGCAGUCAAGGAAGUUAGUGAAGCUGUGGCUACGUGUAGCACAUGUGUGGCUUCGGGGAAACUACAAGUUCUGGAACACGUAACCAAUUCCAUGUCAUCGAAAGGGAAGAAACUACACGUUUUGGAACGCAUAACCAAUAAAAUGUCAUCGAAAGGGAAGAAGAAGUAAACUAUCCAAUGCCUUUGGGAACCCACGAUUAUCAGAAAAAAAAAACUAUCCAAUGUAUUUUUACUUUUAUAUUAAUGUUUGAAGUGUGCGAAACUCUUGUUUUAUGUGUGAAUUAUAAUUGGGCUUUACGUCUUAUUUUCCUUUCAGUUUGUCAUGUCGGCCAUAUCCAUCAUAUACGAUAGGAUCGGUUUAUGUACGUUUAAAUAAAUUAAUAUUUUAUUAUAUAUAUAUAUAUAUAUAUAUAUAUAUUUGUUUUUUUU